AUGAAACGAUUGAUUCCAUUUCAACUUAUCUUUGUUACUUUCGGAUUCUUUCUUGCAAAAUGCGAUGCUGUUCAUCCUAACGAAGUUCAUGCUCUCAUAGUGUUCAAAGAAGCUAUAUUUGAUGACCCAUUAUUGAUUCUAUCAAAUUGGAAUGGUUUAGAUUCAGACCCUUGUAAUUGGUUCCUUCUUGAACUUUCUAGAAGAGUAAUCUCUCUGUUUCUGAAAGCAUCUUCUUUAGAAAUACACACUUUUCUUGUAAGAAUCAACAUUUCUAGCUGUUCCAUAAAGGGGUUCAUCGCCGAAGAACUGUUUCAGCUCUCAUCCUUAAGUGAACUGAUUUUACAUGGUAAUAAUCUCAUCGGUCCAAUACCCAAAGAAAUCGGAUUGCUAAAGCACUUGAAAGUCUUGGAUUUGGGGAUGAACCAGCUAUCUGGACGAAUCCCACAUGAAAUCGGGGAUCUGGCUAGUGUUGUGAAAAUAAACUUACAAUCGAAUGGAUUAACUGGGAAAUUGCCUCCGGAGCUUGGCAAUCUCAAGAACCUUCAGGAGCUUCGAUUGGACAGAAAUAAACUACAAGGAACCGUUCCAGGUGCUAACGCUACAGAUUUUGCUUCUACCAUGAGAGGAAAGUAUGCCUCGGAUACGAAUGCACUAGGUUUUUGUCGUGCAUCUCCUUUAAAAGUUGCUGAUUUUUCAUUCAAUUUCCUCGUGGGGAGCAUACCGAAGUGCUUGGAAUAUCUUCCGAGGACCAGCUUUCAGGGAAACUGCAUAAAGUACAAAGAUAUCAAGCCACGGGAUCCCCGACAAUGUGGUACGUUUUAG